AUGCCUCUAGCUCAUCAACUCCGAGACAGGAUAGCACGUGCUCUUACCAUCCACGUGGAGCCAAAGAGGCAGGCUUUACGUGCAAUCGUCAGAGAUGCCACUUUGCCAAUGGGAACACGCUUUCGAGCUCAGUUAGACCUCAACAAGCUGCCUAGAUACACUCGCCCAUCUAAUAUUCACGGUAGAUGUCCAGAAAGUGGCACUAGUCGAGGUCUCGUUGUAGAGCACAAGCUCAGUAGAAUCUUGUUUCGUGAACGUGCUUUGGGAGGUGAAAUCCCAGGUUCACGUAGCGGAUUGCAAGAUAACAUGAACCUUCUGGCUUCAGCGCCAUCAGACAUAACGGCUUCAGAGGAAAAGGAUCAUCGCAUGUUGCAGCUCCUCCUCCCGGACAAUAUCUGA